CACCUAGGUCAUUUUACAUGGGUCAUUCUGAAUCGGGGUGGAUGGAGAAUAUUUACAUAACUUCACACACUAAAAAGUUUCAUUGUUUCAUUUUUUAAUUCGAAUUUCAAUCUUAACAUUUUUUUUAGAUUCGGAAUACACACAUUUCAUGGCAUGCUUGGUUAAAUAGUUAGACGAGAGAACCUAAUAUCCCACAUAAAACGAACUUUAUCUCGAUGCUGAACCGAACCAACUACCAGCUCAGUAAAAUGUCGGGUAAACAAUAGUUUUGACAAACCGCACAGAAAACCGGUAUAGCAAGUUAAUGUAAUUAUAUUCAACAUUCUGGCUAUUUUGUAGGCAUUCGUUUGAGGCUGUAAUUUUGCUAACUAGUUAGCUAUAUACUAUACCAAGUAUUUGUCUAUUACAGCCCGAUUAAUCAGACAACUAAAUUAGCUAGCUACCAAGCUAAUUUCUAGCGGACUAAACUAGACUGCACUCUAUGGUGAAGGAAGUUUCUGAUGAACUUCAAACUUCCUUCACCAUGGAGAGGAGCAUAGUCUGCUAGCUCAUUCCUAGCAAAACCCACAUGCAUGCUGUUAUGUAACUAUUUUUACAACAUAUCAAUAUAUUAAAAUAAAAUAAAAAACAUAGUUACUUAUAAAUUGGAUACAUGUGCAGUACUCACAUGAAGUGGUUUUAGUCACAAGUCAAGUUAAAGAAGUAAAAAAUAAAUAAAGCAUUGAUCACGCCUACGUGUGCAACGCACAAAUAAUCUCCCUCUUCUGUAAAAUAUUACAAUACAUUAGAGAAGGUCUACAACCAUUCCAGAUAACCUAACCUGAAAUAUAAUUAAAUUAAAACUCGAUAAUAAAUACAAGCUAUUAUAAUUUUAGUGUUAUGGAAAGGUUGAAAACUACAUGAAACCAAUAUUAAUGGCCUUUUUCUGAGGGGAACUAUUAUGUGGUUGGACUCACUUCCGGUAAAUCAUUUGCAGUAUGAAGAAGGAGCAAGUUGUAAAUUGUCAGUUUUCGGUCUGGUAUCCGAUAUUUAAGAAGCAUACUAUCAAAAGUUUGAUUCUCCCACUGCCUCAGAAUGUAAUAGAUUAUUUGCUGGACGAUGGAACACUAGUAGUUUCUGGAGGGGACAACAACACUCAGCAUAAUCAGACUAACAACAGUGACUCAGAGGAGGAAGACGUUCAGUGGUCAGAUGAUGAGACAACCACCACUGUAACGGCUCCAGAGUUUCCAGAAUUCAACUCUAAAGUGCUGAAGGCCAUCAACACCCUAGGUGGAUGUGUCUUUCCCAAACUGAACUGGAGUGCACCGCGGGAUGCUAACUGGAUUGCUCUGAACAGCUCCCUGCAGUGUCAGAGUCUGAGUGAUAUUUUCCUGCUCUUCAAGAGCUCUGACUUCAUCACCCAUGACCUCACACAGCCAUUCCUUCACAGCAGUGACGAGGAUUCUCCAAAUCCAGCCAUAAACUAUGAGCUGGUCCUGAGGAAGUGGAGUGAGCUGCUACCUGGUGGGGAGUUCAGGUGUUUCAUCAAAGAGAACAAGCUGAUUGGGAUCUCCCAGAGAGACUAUACCCAAUACUACCACCACAUCUCUAAGCAGGAAGCCCAGAUCUGCCACUCCAUCCAGGAGUUCUUCAGCCAACACGUCCAGUAUCAGUUCCUGGAUGAGGACUUUGUGUUGGAUGUCUACAGAGAUAGCUGGGGGAAGGUGUGGCUGAUCGAUCUCAACCCCUUUGGUGAGGUGACAGAUUCACUGCUGUUCACGUGGGAGGAGCUUACCUCCGGGAACAGCCUGUCAGCCAAUCAAGAGGAGGGUGACACAGCCCAGCAGGAAGCUCCUGUGUUCCGCUACACCACCAGUGAUGUGACGGUGCAGCCCAGUCCCUGUCUGAGCUACCGGAUCCCUAGGGACUUUGUGGACCUCUCCACUGGCGAGGACGCAUACAAACUCAUCGACUUCCUCAAACUGAAGAAACGCCAGCAAGAGGACUCUGAGGAAGAGGUGGAGGAAGAGGUACGACAGUGACAGCCCCUGAGGAGCAGGGUCUCUACACGGUGACUGUUCCCUCAGACUGUUAGCCUAGCAUAACAAUAACCCUAAAACUGUAAGGUUAGCGGUUAGCACAGAAACCACUAUACACAUGGAGGUUUGUCAUCAGCUCUUGAAUCUUCUGAUGGAAUCCAUACACUUUUGGUCAUCAUCUUAGACCAAUCCAGAAUGCUGCAGAUAGAAAUGUUUUGAAUAGAACAAACAACAAACCAUAAUGAGGAGAAAAGCAUCAUGACCGCUCUAUGCGGUAAAUUUCUACCUGCAACACUGUAAAAGUCCCAUUAAAUCUCAUGGUUGUGUGUAUAUAAGAGGGGAGUUCUAAGCAGUGCCCCUGUUCUAUUGGCCCGGUGUGUCUAAUGUAAAUAUAAAUACUGUAACUUAACAUUGUGUAAAGGGGAAUCUGUUACAGGAGUCUGUAUAGGAAUAAAGAAUGCUCAAAUGUAUAAUACAGUCCUGGGGAAGAGACGUGUCUUAGUUUGUGUGUAUAGCAGGUACAUCAUGGGAUUGCAAUUUCUGAGGGAGAUACCCAAAGGGUCAGAGUUUUCUGACUUAAUCCACUGGACUUUCUCUCUUCACACACACCAAAUGCACACUUUUCCAUGUGCUUUCUGAUGGUUUCGUUAGACACACAUCUGUAUGUAAUAGCAAUACAAAGGUUUACUCAUGAAGUCUCUGUGAAACAGUAUUUCAAACAUUCCAGUUCCUUACUUACUCUCUCUGGUCAUUAUAGUUCUAUCUAUGUUAUUGUAGAAUUAGUUUUGAUUCUUAUCAUUGGUUUAUUUUCUAUGUGCUGGCAAAGAGAGGUGUUCUGAUUGGGUAAUAAAUUGCUGGUGUGUGCUC